AUGCACAAAAUAAAGGAUAGUGAAAGUGACAUAAAUUCAGAUGACUGUGAUGCAACGGCACAGGAUUGUAUUUAUAGUUUUAGUUCCCCCAAAAAACAAAAAAUAGAUAUUUCAAAUAGUUCUCAAAAUUCGAGCUCUGUUAAAAAUUAUACGGAUUACCAAAAUGAGGUAUUGAAUAAUAAAAAUUCGAGAACAAAGGGAAAUGAUAACACAAUUCCUUCAAAUACUGAUUACACCAAUAGUAACCAACUUAACAUUAGCGAGUUAAAAAAAAAACAAAACAAUUGUGAAUAUAUGAAUGUUAGCAAUGAUGAAAAAGAAACAAAUGAUGACAAUGACGACGAUAGUGAAUAUCAACUGGAAAAUGCAGAUGAUGAGAAUUCUGAUGAAAAUAUGAACACGUCAGAAGAAUUUAAUGAUGGAAAAGAAAAUAAAGAAAAUGAAAAUAUGGAUGAAGAAUUAAAUGAAAUAAUUGAUGAAGAAUAUUUUAAAGAAAUAAUUCCUGCAAUACCACGUGAUAUAUUAGGGACAUAUAUAACUUGUUUAAAAACAUGCGGGUUUGAAAGGGAAGUACAAUUAGAUAGAAUGAUAAAUUUAUUAGGAGACUUGAGGGAUCCAAUAUCUGUGAUUCAGGUUUUAGGAUUGCCUGGAAUGGGAAAAACAAAAGUUGUUAAAAGUUUUAUAAAAUUAUUAAAUGUACCAUAUGCAUAUGUUAAUUGUUUAAUGGCUGUUUAUCAAUCAGGAAAAUCAGCAAAAAAUGCUAUAUAUCAUACAAUAUUAAAAGAUUUAAGUGUUAGUUUAUUAAAAGAGUUUGACGAAUAUAAAAAAAUUAAUAACAUUACGGAUUAUCAAUAUGAUCCAACAAAACUAGUUCCUAAUCAUGUAUCAAAUACAGAUGUCUUUUUUAGUACAUUACAUAAACUGCUGUCCUUUACUCCAGAAAAUGAAUUUAAAUUGAAAAAAACAUAUAAAAAAAUAAAAGAAAAUGAUAAGAAAGUUAAAAAUAUAAAAAUAAAUGAAAAACCAAAACAAAACAAAUUUGAUAAGGCCACCAACAAAUUAAACAGAAUUUCAUGCGAAGAAAACAAACAAUUAGAAGACGAACAAAAUAAUACAAAAAAAAAUAGGAUAAAAAUAUAUAGUAAUAAAAAUUAUUAUAAAGAUAAAUUAUAUGAUAGGUCUGUUGUAUUUAUAUUAGAUAAUAUUAGAUAUUUAGUUAGGACUCAUCCUGAUUUAUUUUAUGCACUAACAAGAAUACAUGAAUAUAUUAAAGGACCUUAUAAUGAUUUAAGUAAAGCUAAUAAAACAACAAGAGGAUUAUGUGUAAUAUUAAUUAAUAGAUCCCCAUUACCUGAUGAAAUAUUUGAUGGCUUGCCACAACCACCAACUGUUUGGUUUGAUUCAUAUACAUCUGAUAUGUGCAAAAAUAUAUUAUAUAGAUUGUAUAGUACUAUGUGUUUUGAAUCUUUACUAACUUAUAAUGACAAAGACCUCAAAAUAUAUUACACUACAAAUAAUAAUCAAAGAAAUAAUGGAAAAGAAUUUGUAAUAAAAAAAAAUAAUGUUGUUUUGGAAAAUGAUGUUAUAUAUGAUAUUUGGUGUAGAUAUAUUGACUAUAUUAUAAAUGUUUCCUAUAAAGAUUAUAAAAGCGAUUUUCAUGAAUUAUUAUUUAUAUGCUCUCAUAUGUGGCCUUUAUUUAUUAAGCCAAUAAUAGAUGGAGCAUUAGAACCCAUUGUUGAAAAUAUGAAUGCAUUACAAAGAAAUAUAGAUACUCACAUUCGUGUUGCUACUUAUAACCAUGGUAGCCAUUUCACCUUCGAGUUAACAGAUUCUGUUUUUUUAAAUCAGACAAAUUUAAAAAAUAAAAUAGAUUUAUCAUUUUAUUCAAAAAUAUUAUUAUUAGGUGCAUAUUUAGCAUCUAGAAAUUCACCAUUAACUGAUAAGCGUUUUUUUAAUGCAACCGUAAAAGGUGGUGCAUUUAAUUUGCCGAAAAAAAGAAAAACAAGAAAUAGUAAUGAAUCUAUAUUAACUUUAAUAGGCCAAUCGAUUCCAAAAAUUUUUACAUUUAUAAGAUGGUUAUGUUUAACAGAUUGUUUAUUAGUAUGUUUUUUUGAUGAACAGUUAAUAUUAAAUAGCUUAAUAUGCCAACAAAUAAAUUCGUUAAUUCAAUUAGGAUUUGUUUCAUAUUAUGCCCCUAAUAAUUUAUCUUGUUUAGUGCGUAAUAGUAUAAUGAAUGGAGUACAAUGGAGUGGUUUUUGUGGUAGUACACUUUUAAAUUCAGCAAAUAACUUUGCAUUUUUAAAUAACAGUGUUUUUUGUGAAACUAAUAAUUCAAUUACUUACGACCCUCUCGACCCAUAUACAAAACUAACUAUUCAGGUUCCAGAGGAAACGAUUAGAACUAUUUCAAAGGAACUCAAAAUACCUCUUGACGAAUUGAUAUUGUAG